CCUACUUCCUCCACCGCCACCGCCCGUCCGAUCUCCAUCAAGAUGCGUGAGAUCCUCCACAUCCAGGGCGGCCAGUGCGGCAACCAGAUCGGGGCCAAGUUCUGGGAGGUGGUGUGCACGGAGCACGGCAUCGACGCCACCGGCCGCUACCUCGGCGACUCGGAUCUCCAGCUCGAGCGCGUCAACGUCUACUACAAUGAGGCCAGUUGCGGCCGCUUCGUCCCCCGGGCCGUCCUCAUGGACCUCGAGCCCGGCACCAUGGACAGCGUCCGAUCCGGCCCCUACGGCCAGAUCUUCCGCCCGGACAACUUCGUCUUCGGCCAGUCCGGCGCCGGCAACAACUGGGCCAAGGGCCACUACACCGAGGGCGCCGAGCUCAUCGACUCGGUCCUCGAUGUUGUCCGCAAGGAGGCCGAGAACUGUGAUUGCUUGCAAGGGUUCCAGGUUUGCCAUUCCUUGGGAGGUGGAACCGGUUCAGGCAUGGGCACCCUCCUCAUUUCCAAGAUCAGAGAAGAGUACCCAGAUCGCAUGAUGCUCACCUUCUCCGUCUUCCCCUCGCCGAAGGUCUCCGACACCGUUGUCGAGCCUUACAAUGCCACCCUCUCCGUCCACCAGCUGGUGGAGAACGCCGACGAGUGCAUGGUGCUCGACAACGAAGCCCUCUACGAUAUCUGUUUCAGGACCCUAAAGCUCACCACUCCCAGCUUUGGUGACCUGAACCACCUCAUCUCUGCUACCAUGAGCGGCGUUACUUGCUGCCUUCGCUUCCCUGGGCAGCUCAACUCCGACCUGCGAAAGCUUGCCGUCAACCUCAUUCCCUUCCCCCGACUCCACUUCUUUAUGGUGGGGUUCGCUCCUCUAACCUCCCGCGGAUCGCAGCAGUACCGUGCCCUCACGGUCCCCGAGCUCACCCAGCAGAUGUGGGACGCCAAGAACAUGAUGUGCGCCGCCGACCCGCGCCAUGGCCGCUACCUCACGGCCUCCGCCAUGUUUCGCGGUAAGAUGAGCACCAAGGAGGUGGAUGAACAGAUGAUCAAUGUGCAGAACAAGAACUCAUCUUACUUCGUGGAGUGGAUCCCCAACAAUGUCAAGUCCACGGUGUGCGACAUCCCCCCGACCGGUCUCAAAAUGGCGUCGACGUUCAUCGGGAACUCGACGUCGAUACAGGAGAUGUUCCGCCGUGUCAGCGAGCAGUUCACCGCCAUGUUCAGGAGGAAGGCCUUCUUGCAUUGGUACACGGGAGAAGGCAUGGAUGAGAUGGAGUUCACCGAGGCGGAGAGCAACAUGAACGAUUUGGUGUCGGAGUACCAGCAGUACCAGGAUGCGACGGCGGAUGAGGAGGGUGAUUAUGAGGAUGAGGAGGAGGUGGAUCUUCAGGAGGCUUGAUUUGUCUAUCAUUUGGCACCAUGUUGCUUCCUCUUUUGCUGCGUGCUCUCUUCCAUAGUUGUAGUUCUGGCAUUUCAUAUGUUUUGGGUUUUUGAGGUCUGUUCUACGCUUGUGCUAUGUGGUUGUUCUGUAGGGGGUUCUUCAUGUAUUUUGAUGCAAUAUCCAAUUGCAAGAGCUUUAGUUUCUUGGAUUGAUCUCCAGAAGUUGACUGUGAUAUUAGAAUAUUGGUGUUGAAUAAGCUAGAUGAUGUUGUAUAUUGGGAGUCCUGGAUUUUGUUUUUUGCUAUCCCUA